AUGGCUCCCAUCCUCACCACCAACCCCUCAGUAACCCUCAUCCCCGAACCUCUUACACCAGAGAAUUUCGCCCAAUUCGGCACAGCAAUUUGCUCGCCCGUCCCCCGUGAUCUCAAUGUCGCGCCCAAAUCCACAAAUCUCCCACCAUUCAACCCGAGCCCGGUCCUGGCAAACCAAAACUCCGCCCUAAAGUACAGUCCUAUUUCCCCGCUCGUCGACCGCUACGCGCAAGGCCCCACCAAAGUCGCAUCCGAGGCCCGUAUGACUAUGUUCUGCUGCUUCCCGCGUAACCUGCGCACAACGGCUUCGCCAGAGAAGGAACUCUUCGACGUGCGCAUUCUCGAACGCCACCCGUUCACGAAUCAGACGUUCAUUCCUAUCGACUUGUCAAGCCAUUCGAAGGUUGGAAAUGGCGAAGAAGAGCCGAUUUUCUUGGUUGUUGUUGCGCCUACACUGAAGGGGGAGACUGCGACAGCGAAGAAUGAGGCCGGGGAGACGGUUACGAUUCGCGAUCCGCCAGAUUUGAAGAAUGUGAAGGCGUUCAUUGCGCAUGGUGGUCAGGCGGUUACUUAUGGUGUUGGGACUUGGCACGCGCCUAUGGUGGUUUUGGGGAAGAGGAGGGUGGAUUUCGUUGUUGUGCAGCAUGUUAAUGGGGUUGCUGAUGAGGAUUGUCAGGAGGCUGCGUUUGGGGAGGGCGUGGUCGUUGAUUUGGGACGGAAAGGUCAGCAUGGGAGGAGGGAGAAGGGGCCGGAGCUGUGGAGAGCUAAGAGGGUCUACAAGAUUUGA